CAACCCUUCUUCCGUUUCCGAGAGGCAAGUAGCCUCAACAUCAACAUCCUCAGAAACAUUUUGUAAAUAGUCAUAAACAAACAAACAAAACACUUCGAAUAAAGAGAAGUCUGGGAUGUUGGGACAGAAGCGUCCUGCUGAUCCCAGUGGAUCCUCAUCCUCCGGCGUCCCUCCAGAGAAACGACGGGAGCGCGAAGGAGAGGAUGGAGGUCCAAGUGUUAGUGCCUCUGCUGGGGGGAGCACAGCUGUGGAAACAGUCAUUAAGCUGGGAGGCGUCUCCAACUCUGAAGAACAAGACAUCAAAGCUCUGCAGGCUAAGAACCGAAAGCUGGGAGAAGCACUGGAUCAGAGACAGGUGAUUGAGGAUGAAUUGCGAGAGCGGAUUGAGAGACUGGAGACCCGUCAGGCCACCGAUGACGCCAGUCUGCUGAUCCUGAAUAGAUACUGGAACCAGUUUGAUGAAAACGUUGAGCUGAUCAUCAGGCGUUAUGACCAGGCGAGCAGCGAACCCGAGAAAUCUCCAGCAGGUGAAGGUCGAAGCCUGAAGCCAGAAACACCAGAACCUGAUGGUGACUCCAACCAGGAACGGGCCAAAGACAGAGGACACCAAGGAGAGGCGGCCAAUUCCUUCCUCGCCACUCUGGCCAGCAGCAGCAGUGAGGAAAUGGAGGCAGAGCUCCAGGAAAGAGUGGAGUCCAGCCAGAAGCAGGCCAGUCGUGUAGUGGAAAUCUAUGAGAGUCUUAAGAGCGUUGUGGACCAGCUGCAGUCAGACGUGGACUCUGGAACUGAGGGCUGCAUGUGGCAGGUAGCUUCCAAACUUAACACCCUCCUUACUACUGAAAACGAACGGCUACAGCAGUUGACUGAAGACCUCCAACAGAAACACAGUCACAUGACCAGCGAGUCCCAGGCUCUGGGUCGUGCAGUGAAUAAAGCGGAUGCACGUGUCAGUGAACUUCAAGGUCUGAUCGAAGAGCUUCAAUGGGACAUGGAGAAGAUUCGCCGCAGAGAGAACCGACUCAAUGCUCACCUGAGCGAGAUACUGGAGCGGGUGAACAGUAAAGGCUACAAGGUGUGCGGAGAGGCUAGCAGUGUAUGUGGGACCAUCACUAUUAACAAGAGAAAGUUUGAGGAAAUGAACAGUGAGUUAGAGGAGAACCGGGAGUUGGCAGACAACCGGCUCAUUGAGCUUCAGAAGCUCCAGCAGGACUUGCAAAAUGUUCAACAGGAAAACAACAACAUGAAGAUGGAGCUGUUGAAUCGAGCAGAGGGCAUGGUAAAAGAAACUUCUGAGUAUCGCUGCCUGCAGUCUCAGUUUUCUGUGCUUUACAACGAGUCUCUCACCCUCAAAGCUCAACUUGAUGAGAUUCGUGCUCGCCUCAAUACUACCAGGACUGCACGCCUUCGGCAGCUGGAGCAUAUGGAGAAUGAUGAGGUGGCUCUGCAGAGAAAGGUUCGUACAGAGGUGUUUCAGCUGGAGGAUACUCUGGCUCAAGUCAGGAAGGAGUACGAGAUGUUACGCAUUGAAUUUGAGCAGACUCUUGCUGCCAACGAACAAGCGGGGCCGAUUAACAGAGAGAUGCGCCACCUGAUUAGCACUCUGCAAACCCACAAUCAGCAAAUGAAGGGAGAAGUGGUGAAGUACAAGUUGAGACUGAGAGAAACACAAGCUGAGCUCAACCAGGUACGUGCUUCAAAGGGCAACGCUAUCCUCCAGUCCCAGUCAAGCACAGAGACAGAGGUAAAGGAUGAAAUUUCUCCUUCGUCAGCUGUCUCAGGUGAUCCGGCAGUCAAGGCAGAGCCUGACAAUGGCUCAUGCACACCCAUCAGCACUGCAGCUACAGUAAAAACAGAGGCUGGAGUAGAACCAGAGGUGACGGUGAAGGAGCAGGAGAAAGAAGAUAAGAAAGAGAAGGAGGAUAAGAAAGAGAAGGAAAUGGUAAAGAAAGAGGAGAAAGAGAGAGAACGGGAAAAAGAGAAGGAAAAGGAGCGAGAGAGGCCAACGCGCAGCAGUGGAUGCAGCGGGGGGAUAAAGGAAGAGAAGGAGAAGCCAGGGUGUAGUUAUCACCCCGAGGAGUCGAGCGCCGAGCGUCUGUCUGUGGUUGGAGGCUCAAAGCGGAAGGAGAUGGAGCAACUCAAGAUUGUCCGAGUGGAGCUAAAGAAAGCGCAGGAGUCCCAGAGGGAGAUGAAGCUGCUGCUGGACAUGUACCGCUCAGCACCCAAGGAACAGAGAGAUAAAGUUCAGCUCAUGGCUGCAGAGAAGAAGGCCAAAUCAGAGGGAGAGGAGCUUCGACAAAAGCUGAGAGAACUGGAGGAGAGGGAGAGGAGGGAGGGCAAGAAGAUGGCCGAUGAAGAGGCACUCAGGAAGAUCCGCUCUGUGGAGGAGCAAAUUGACAUCCUCAACAAGAAGCUCUCCAUAGCAAAACAGGAAGAGGAAGCGAUCCUGAGUGAGAUGGAUGUGACGGGCCAGGCCUUUGAGGACAUGCAGGAACAAAACAUUCGUCUGAUGCAGCAACUCAGAGAAAAGGACGAUGCUAAUUUCAAGCUGAUGAGCGAGCGGAUCAAGUCCAACCAGAUCCACAAGCUGCUGAAAGAGGAGAAGGAGGAGCUGGCCGACCAGCUGCUCACUCUUAAAACACAGGUCGAUGCCCAGCUGCAGGUGGUGAGGAAGCUGGAGGAAAAGGAGCGCCUCCUGCAGGGCACCAUCGGCACUGCCGAGAGAGAGUUGGCGCUUCGGACACAAGCUUUGGAUAUGAACAAACGCAAAGCUCAGGAGUCCACAUUGCUUUCAGACGAGGUGCGAGAUCAGCUGGAGCAGGUUCAGCAGAGGCUCAACUUAGUCAGAGAAGAGGUUGUAGAGAACAGCAUAUCAAGGGAGAAGGAGUCAUUCAACGCUCGACGAGCCCAGGAGGACAUCUCCAAACUCAGGAGAAAGAUUGAAAAGGCCAAGAAACCAGCUGAGAAAAUCAGCAAUGGAGACGAGAUCCUAAAUGAAGAAAUCAAUGACUACAAGGCACGUCUCACAUGUCCAUGCUGCAACUCUCGGGUAAAGGAUGCAGUGCUGACAAAGUGCUUCCAUGUCUUCUGCUUCGAGUGCGUUAAAACACGCUAUGACACACGUCAGAGGAAGUGCCCCAAGUGCAACGCUGCAUUCGGAGCCAACGACUUCCACCGCAUCUACAUCGGCUAGAAGUGCACCCAGCAGGUGAUGAGCUGAGCAGUAGCACAGACGCUGCGUGGACCAACACCGAGCGGUGCCACUGUUCAUCUCCUCGGACCUCCUGCAUUCCUCUGACGCAAUUCUGACAGAUUCUCUGUGAUUCCAGCCUCACAGCGCUGCAGUGAUGUUCUGAACCCAUCACUUUAAAGGACUCGGUUUUCGGUGUCUGUGUUGAUAAACAGUCCAUGUUUAGUGCUGGGUUUCCCCUCACAUUUCAUCACCACAAAAGCUUUUGACUG